UCUUCUGAACGCAAGGCUCAGGCUGGAGUCCACGUACUGCGUUGAGGGGGUGUUCUCCCAGAAGUCUCCCCUCACCCCCCAGGAACUGCUUAGUAUCUCCAGAACUCACAGAAACUAUCACACCUCUCUCAAUAGGACCCACCCAGGCCUGAGAGCUGGCAGACGGAAGAGAGUCCCUCCCAGCCCCAGGUGCCAAUUUUUCAGGAACCAGGUGACAUGGAAGUUGGAAGCCCACAGCCGGCUGCUCCCUGCCCCACGUCCCCCAGCGCCUCGGGGAGCCGAGCCUCUUCGCCACAGCCCAGCAGCUGUGGGUCUGAGAGCAGCAGAAGCCCCGCUCCCAGGCCUGGCAUCACGUCUUCCCCAGAGGGCAGCCCACAGCGCCAGCGCUGCAGCUCAGAUCCUGUGCCCAAGUGUACGCCAGAUACCACACAUGCUUUGCUCGUGGACACCACGAAGCCGGCAGAGCCAGGCCUUCCUGAGAGAGUGGAGCCAGGGGAGGUCCGGGACCCAGAGGAGAAAGUGAAGAGUGAAGGCACAGUUAGGACUGCAGAGGCUGGAGGUGGCGCCCCACCCAGCCAGCACCUGACCUCUGUUGAAAGGCCUACAGAGAGCCCCAUGUCCCAAGCACAGUCCCCAGAGGAAGGCCGGGGGCCGCUGGCUGGAGACAAACUGGCCAAUGGUGUCACGACCGACAAGGUGGCCUCCAACUUGGCCUCCCGUCUCUUCCACCUGGAGGGCUUCCGGAAGUCGGAAGUGGCUGCGUACCUGCAGAAGAACAAUGACUUCAGCAGGGCCGUGGCUGAGGCGUACUUGAACUUCUUCCAGUUUGGAGGCCAGAGCCUGGACCGUGCCCUUCGGGGUUUCCUCCAGGCCCUGGUGCUGAGUGGGGAGACCCAGGAGCGGGAGCGAGUCCUCUACCAGUUCUCCAAACGCUUCCAUUACUGCAAUCCCGGCCUCUUCCCCUCAGCAGAUUCCGUACACACCUUGACCUGUGCAAUCAUGCUCCUGAACACGGACCUGCAUGGACAGAACAUCGGCAAGAGCAUGAGCUGCCAGGAAUUCGUAACCAACUUGCAUGGCCUGCGAGAUGGUGGCAACUUCCCAAAGGAGCUGCUGAAGGCCCUCUACUGGUCUAUCCGAAGUGAGAAGCUUGAGUGGGCCAUGGAUGACGAGCACUCAGCCAGACCCGAGAAGGUGCAGCCAUCUCCCCCAGCUGGCAAGAUGGGCAACCCCUUCCUUCAGCUGACCCAGGACACCAUGGUGCCCACCUACAAGCAAGGCAUCCUGGCACGAAAGAUGCAUCAUGAUGCAGAUGGCAAGAAGACACCUUGGGGCAAGCGCGGCUGGAAGAUGUUCCAUACGUUACUACGAGGGAUGGUUCUCUACUUCCUGAAGGGAGACAGCCAGUGCCUGGAUGGGGACAGCCUACUGGGGCAGAUGGUGGAUGAGCCCGUGGGGGUGCACCACUCGCUGGCCACUCCAGCUACCCAUUACACCAAGAAGCCUCACGUCUUCCAGCUGCGCACAGCAGACUGGCGCCUCUACCUCUUCCAGGCACCCACGGCCAAGGAGAUGAGUUCCUGGAUCGCACGCAUCAACCUGGCCGCAGCCACGCACUCAGCACCUCCCUUCCCCGCCGCCGUGGGCUCCCAGCGCCGGUUCGUGCGGCCCAUCCUGCCUAUGGGCCCAGCCCAGAGCUCCCUGGAGGAGCAGCAUCGAUCCCAUGAGAACUGCCUGGACGCUGCCUCCGACGACCUGCUGGACCUGCAGAGGAAGCUGCCCGAACGGCGGGGACGCGGCCGGGAGCUGGAGGAGCACCGCAUGCGGAAGGAGUACCUGGAGCACGAGAAAACCCGCUACGAGACGUAUGUGCAGCUGCUGGUGGCCCGGCUGCGAUGCCCAGAGGGAGACCUGGCGCUGUGGGAGGAGCAGCUGGGGAAGGAAGCUACUGGUGUCCGGGAACCCAAACCCAGCCUGAAGAAGUCCCACUCCAGCCCGUCCCUGCACCAGGAGGAGGCCCCCACCACAGCCAAGGUGAAGCGCAACAUCUCUGAGCGUAGAACCUACCGGAAGAUCAUCCCAAAACGGAACCGCAACCAGCUGUGAAACCUUUGGGGUGGAGCCUGAUGCCCGUGAACUGCCCGGGUGCUGCCAGCCCCGACCCGUCUCCUGGCUGCUCCCAAGGCAGAGGGAAGUCCAAGACUUGGCUCCCUCUUGGGACAAUCAUCCUUGUACCCCCCAGAAUCCAGAGUGGCCUUAUUUCAUGGGCACCCUGGGGUGGGGGACCAGCCUUGUGGUAUGGAACUGGUUGGGACAGCUGCCUUUCAUGGCCGCCCAUGUCCCUGCUGCCGCAUCUGUGUGGAACAUGUGUGCCAACCCAGGGUGAGCCAGAAUCCACCAGUUAUGGAGGCAUGCACAGGGAGUAGCUGUUUCUGCCCCACAGAUCCAGUUGCUGCUAGCUAGCAGAGCGGAGCCCAGCCCAGGGGCCAGGGCCUCUGUCCGGGAUGCAGUGGCUUUGUCUCCCAGAUCAGAGAGGUGUUUCCCUGGGUGCAGAGCCCUGGGCCUGCAUGAUGACCAUUGCUUUGAGGGGCAGGGGAGCACCAGCCUUGGAGGGAUGUGUGGGAUGGAAAGCAGGCAAGAGCUAGACAAGUGCGCUGUGUGAGACCCCCCCACCAUGCACCCCUGCCCUUAAGGCUGCAUUCCUGCCAUGGGUGGGCUCCAAGGGCUUUGGCAGCCCUGCGCUGGUCAGUCUCCUGCUCCUGCCCUCUGGCUGCCUCCCAGCUGGACCUGUUCUCUAGGGGGAGAGUGUGUGUGUGUGUGUGUGUGUAUGUGUGUGUGUGUGUGGUAGGGGGAGGUUCCGGGGACGUGAGCUUGUGGGAAGGAGUCUGGGCUGCAGGGAGCAGCCUCCAUUGUGUCUGUUCAGCCAAGUGUGUCCUGGAGAGGAGGCUGCUGGCCAAGAGGGGCCUCCAUGGUGGCUGCUGCCCCGUGACGCACGGCCUCCCUCAGCCUUCCUCCUGGGCCACCCUCUUACCCCUAGCCAUCCACCCCCAUAAUGUUUAGAACCAGCCCUGGGGCCUGGGACUGCACUGUCCCCACGGCUGCACAGUACACAGAAGCCAUGAGGAAGGAUGUGUGUGUAUGAGACAGGCAGAGGGAGCAGUCUGCAGGCUCCUUUGCCCCCUAUGUCCGUGUAUAUGUGAAAACACGAGGUACACAGUGAUGGCCUGUCCAAGCCAGACGGGACCUCAGGAUCACUUCCUCAUGAGCCACUGGUGUCUUCCACAAGAAUGUCAGAGUCCCAGUUACGGACCAGAUAUGAGGGGUUGUGUGUGAGGAUGGUCCUGCCUGUUGCUUCCCUGUGACUUGCCUUGGCUGGGGUGCUCACUGCAAAGGCAUGUCAUGCGGCCAGUCUGUGCAGAGGAGGACAGAUGCGUGCAAGGCUCCUGGAGCAACUAAUGGGUCACAACAAUUAGCAACCACUGUGGGAUGGAGCCAGUGGUCUCACUUGAUACAGGUGGAUGGAUGUGAGCUGAGGUUAAUGAGGUCAGGUGGCCUGGACCAGGUCCCAGAACCUCCCUGGACGUGUGUUAUUUUUAUUUAUUUAUUUGCGAGGGAACUCCCAUCUGCUGGUUCACUGCCCCUCAAUACCCUACGGUGGUGAGGGCUGAGCCAGACCGGGGCUGGGGAGCUCAGUCCUCCAUCCAGGUCUCUAACGUGGGUGACAGGAACCCGACCACUUGAGCCAUCACCUGCUACCUCCCGGGGUGCACAGUCACAGGAAUCCAGAAUCAGGAAUCUAACCUGAGCUCUCAGAUGUGGGAGAUGGGCAGCCUAACCAGUACCUUAACUGCUGGGCCAAACACCUAAAACCGGAAUAAAAUGUGGUGGUCUUUCUGUA